CAACGAAUGAAGUGCAACAAAAACAUUCUUAUGUGCAAUUACGCUCAUAGUCAUAUCAUGACCAUGCUGAAGCUCUCCAAGACCAUCUCCAACAAUAUUUUAUGUUUCUCGCACCCUCAAGCUCUUGACACCAAGGCAUGAUGAACAACUUGUCACAAUUGAACACCUCAAACAGCAGCUUGCAGACUGCAGAUUGCAUUGCUGAGGCCCAGCACAUCUCUCUCACUGUAUUUAUCACCCUGGUCUUCAUGGUGGGAUUUUGCCUCAACGGUUUCAGCCUGUGGGUCUUCUGUUGCCGCAUGCCCCAUUGGAACUCUGGGACGGUUCUACAAUUCCACCUGGCCCUUAGCGAUGCUCUCGCCACUCCAGCCACCAUCAUGGCAGCUGUGUAUUUUGCCAAUGACAGCAGCUGGCCAUUUGGGAGGUUUCUGUGUCAAGUGAAGAUUGGUCUACUCAGCGCACAUUUUUAUGGGAGCACCUUGUUUCUGAUGCUCAUCAGCAUCCACCGAUACGUGGUGGUGGUCCAUUUCAAUCGGAGUAGCCUCAUGAAGCAAAAAACCUUCGUCAAAAAACUCUGUGGUGGGAUCUGGAUUUUUUUGCUGGCAAAAGGCAUCAUCUAUGCCAACCUUCUCCCAUCCAGCACUGAAAAGUCACGUCGCGUACAAUGCCUCACCAUUCAUCAGGAAAAACUUGUAGAUGCCUACUUUGUUAUUAAUUUCAUUCUCUUCAUUGUUGGCUUCCUUCUACCAUUCUCUGUCUCAGCCGCCUGCUAUGGCCUACUUGCUAGCUCUGUGUCUCAAAUCAACCCAAGCACGGCCCAUGGUCCAGCAGUCAAGUCAAAGUCCCUAAGGAUGAUUGCUGUUUGUCUUCUGAUAUUUGGACUGUGUUUCCUGCCACUGAAUGUCACCCGAACUAUAGGAGUAGUGGUGAAGAGGUUCUACUCAGACAGUUGUGAUGUUCUUCGACGAGUGGAGACUGCUUAUUAUGUUUCUUGGAUCUUGGGCGGUGUUAACUGUUGUCUGGAUCCUCUCAUCUACUUCUUCGGCUCAAACAAUUUCAGGAGAAUGAUUUGGAGGUCUCUCAAGAUCUCACGAGAGGAAAAUAGGAAUGAGUCAGAGACAAUUAGCCAAACUGGUCGGAGAGUUGUAAUCAAUAAUGGCACAUAAAUGAUCUUGACAGACAAAAACGGCCCUUUUAUGUUUUUUGUUAUCUAUGUUACUUUUUGAAAUAGAAAUGGCAUUUCUUUGUAAAUACAUUUUUGUUUUGUCGUGGUUAGGCAUUUGUUUUUUUGUUCCACUGUUAGCUGUAGUAUUUUGUAUAGCCUCUAACCACAAUUAAUGUUGUAUACACAGGACUGUAUAUUAACUUUUUUGCACAUUGCACUGCUGUUGAUAGAUUUGUAGCACUAGCCUCAAAAUCUGUUGAAUUGGAUAAAAACAUCUCUAAAAAUUAAUCAGGGCAGUACAUCAAUUGUGGUUGGAAAUUUGGCCUGCUGCAUCUGCAAUGAAAAAAGAUCAUGUAGUUUUUGUUUUUCUAAAAACAGAAAGAACAAUCCCUGUUAGUUCCAUGUAGUUUGACUUUUCAACAACCAUCAGAAAGAGAGAGGUCAUGCCAUGGAUGUUUAGUGAAUUUUUCUAAGGUGCUUCUUAAUAGGAAUUGGAAGUCAGUUAAUUUGUUUCGCAAUAAGGUGUGCAAGUAAAUUUGAUUUUAUUCAUCUUUAGAUCAUAUUUUUGAGUGGGCUAACUGACAUGUCAAAAAGUGUGCAACUGUGCAUCCAUGAAAUGCGUCACUAGAAACACAUCCAUGAAACCAUCCCAUACACAAAAUGUAGCCUGUGGCUAAAACAGCACUAGGGAGAGUGUUGUGAAGAUUUAUAUUAAAACCAAUAGCAUGCAGGCUUUAAUUAAGCACUAAAGGGGAGUAUAGAGCUUAGCGUAUGAUGUUUGACAGACAGAAGCGAGCAUUCCUUUUUUUCUUUGAACUUUUAAUUGUGAAUGUUUUGUGAUUAAAGAAACUGUCUGCUUUGCUCUGAUUAAAAUAAACUAUAUUGAUACUCUUUUUAUACACUCUUUGAAUAGACACAUACGUACUUAAAUGCAAA